ACCGCCAGAAUGACCGUUUUCUCGCGACUCGCCGUUCUAGGCGCUCUCGCAGCUCCUCUCUCGCAGGCGGCUUCUGCUCUCUGCGCAGCCGAUAGUAGCCAGGUCGUCCAAAACACCACCGAGUACUGGCCAUACCAGGUCUACGAGACAUCUGAUAUCAACGCGCCUUAUAUGAACAUCACCACCACUGGUGAGCCGCUCGCUGAUGGAUUGAUCUUCUUCGGUCAGAAUGUUCGCCCUGGAACCCAUACCGUCAAACAACAAAGACCUUUCAUCAUGACCGACACAAACGACCUCGUCUGGUCCGGACCUAUGAAGCAAGGUAUCACAACAACUGAUUUUAAAGUGGCCACCAUGAAUGGCUCGUCGGUCCUCGUUUACUGGUCCUCCAUUGGAAAACAGCCAAUUGAAGGCGUUGGCUAUGGUCAAGUGAACAUUCUUGACGACACCUACCAGCAGAUCGCCACCGUCUGCCCGCAGUUGAAUCUGACUCUCACUCCCGGUGCUACCUCGAAAUGCGAUGCCGACCUCCAUGAGCACUAUAUCACCCCCUCAAACACCAUGCUUGUCACGGCUUACAACGUAACCCAGGCUGAUCUCACCCCACUUGGGGGAAAGUCUGACGACUGGGUCUUGGACGCUCUUGCUGUAGAGGUUGAUAUCGCAACCGGCGAAAUUCUUUUCACGUGGAGUUCUCUAGAGCAUAUCCCCGUCAACGACACCCAAAUGCCCUACCCAGCUAAAGGAACCACUCGAGAUUCCCCGCUCGACUUGUACCACAUGAACUCUAUUCAAUCUGUCGACGAAAACUACCUAAUCAACUGCCGCCACACCAUCUCGACUUAUAUGGUUAACAAGGAUGGCGAUAUUCUGUGGACUAUUCAGGGCCAUACCGGAGGUGAUUUUGGCGCUCUCCCCGAAGGGGGGACAUUCUCAUGGCAACAUCAUACACGCUUCGUGCAAGAGUCGGAUACUACAGCACUUUUUUCGUUGUUUGGAAAUGAUAACAACAACAUAGGUCUCAAUGUGACCGCGAAGGGUGUUACUUUGCGAUUGACCCUACCACCAGACUCAUCGAACCCUCCAGAGCUCAUCACGAACCUCUGGGAUACCAAUGACGAAGUGUACUCUUGGGCAGAAGGGUCUCUGUCGCAGCUUGACAAUGGAAACUACUUCAUGGGAUACGGUAUACGCCCCGUGAUGAAGGAGUAUGGUCCCCACCCGACUACCAAAGGUGACGUCCGCUGGAGUGCCCACUUUGCCGACCUCAACUCGGGCCACAGCUACCGCGCCUUCAAGCAGGUAUGGCAUGCGACACCGGCCUCCGAGCCGGCCCUUGUCGUCUCCAAAUCGGAUGUUCCAGAAUCUCUGUCCAACUGCACAGAUUCCUCUUCGUCGUCUGCAAUUGGCUAUGUGAGCUGGAACGGCGCCACUGAUGUGACCUCGUACGUAGUCUACGGUGGAUCAAGCAGUGACAGCCUCGAGGAAAUUGGCACUAUCUCUAAGCACGGAUUCGAGACCGUUUUUGCUCUUCCAGGAAACGUCAGUGCCGUCCAGGUUGGCGCCGUGGAAGGCUCUAAAGUUGUGAGACGCUCACAGGUCGUGACUAUCUAG